CUCCUCGCACUUUCCGUAGUUUGUCGUUUUCCCAACAUGGCUGCCAUCAGGAGCGGGGUGACUCCGGGCUGCCUAGCAAGAUGUUUCCUGAGACAGACUGGAAAACCGAGCCGGGGCAACCAUCACCUCUCAGACACCUGGAACCACCGGUUGCUCCAAAGGUCCCAUCUGCACACGGUGUUUGAGUGUCGCAGUCCUGCCACCAGGACUCUGCUGGGUCGCCGACAGCACGGGAAGUUCCUCUGGGUGAACGCCGUGGCAGUCAGACACAACAGCUCACAGAUGCCACCUGAGGGUGGCGUCGUGGCAGCUCCAGUGAUGGAGGCUUCUGACGGCCCUCCAGUCUCUCUGCCCGCUGACCCCGCCUCUAUCAUUGCACAACCAAUCACUGAUCAGAUCCCUAUUGAAACAGUUUCCAUGUCAGCACCAGUAGUGGACAUCUCUCCUCCACCUCCAGUUGUGGGUCCUUCUCCAGAGCUUGUGUCCGCUGACCUCACCCCUGUUUUAACACAACCAAUCACUGAGCAGAUAGCCGAUGCUGCACCAACUGCAGUGGAGGUCCUGCAGGCCGCAGAAGCCACUUUAGCAGAGCUGGGACUGGCCGGCAACACGCCAGUGGGGUUGAUCCAGAACUUGUUAGAGUUCAUGCACUUAGAUCUUGGCAUGCCCUGGUGGGGGGCCAUUGUUGUAGGAACAGUGUUGGCUCGUUUGGCUGUGUUUCCAGUCAUAGUCAAGGGCCAGAGGGAGGCGGCCAAGUUGAACAACGUUCUGCCUGAGAUGACCAAACUCACUGCCAGGAUGACUGAGGCCAAACAGAGUGGAAACAAAUUUGACUUUGCCAAAGCGUACUCUGACCUGAACUUGUUCCAGAAGAAGCACGACGUAAAUCCUCUCCGUGGCUUCCUUGUUCCUUUGGUGCAGGCACCAGUCUUCAUCUCUUUCUUCAUCGCACUGAGGAAGAUGGCCUAUCUGCCGGUGCCCAGCUUGCAGACAGGAGGCCUUCUCUGGUUUACAGACCUGACAGCAGCAGAUCCUUUUUAUAUCCUGCCUUUGGCCGUCACUGGAACCAUGUUCUUCAUCCUGGAGCUGGGAGCAGAGUCUGGUGUUGACAACCCCAAUCUGCGAGCCAUGAAGACGGUGUUCAGGAUCAUGCCCUUCGUCAUCCUCCCCCUCACUAUCAACUUCCCCACGGCGGUGUUCACCUACUGGCUGACCUCCAACUGCUUCUCCUUGGCUCAAGUCGCCCUGCUCAGACACCCCUUGAUCAGAGAUAAGUUGAGAAUCCCGGAGAGGAUCAAACACCCGGCCUCCGCCCUGCCCCAAAAUGACGGCUUCAUCGAAAGCAUGAAGAAGGGCUGGAAAAACGCUCAGCUGGCCCAGCAGCUGGAAGAGAGAGAACGAAGAAUCAAAAAUCAUCUGGACCUCGCUGCUAAAGGUCCGCUGAGGCAGACUUUUACCCACAAUCCCCUCCAGCAGAACCCACCCAUGGCUGCUGCAUCGGCUAAAGGCAAGCCAGCUAGUGGCAAGGCGAGGCCAUGGAAGGACACUAUUGGAUAGAUCAGACUGGCUAGUAGCUUGACGGCAUAAUGAUUUAUGUACAUAUUUAUGAAUGGAAAAGAGGACAAAGGUUGUCAUUAUGUAUUGUUCUAAUUAAAAUGUAAAAUCUGCCUCAAAACAA